AAGAAUGUAAAAUUUAUGACGUAAUGCAGGCAUCAUGCUCAUUAUUCGGCACCCCCCCUCUCAUGUUUCUCAGGGACCAUCACGCGUGCAGUGCGAAUAUAAUUUCGAGUCCUCCUCUGUCUUUCCGCAAACUUUGGAAGGAUUUUAGAAAAGAUUUUUUCUUUCUUCCGUUAAUUUUAAGUUUAGUUUAACAGCGAUGGAAAUGAGCAACAUCGAGAAGCUUGUGGCGAAGGCUAAGGUCGCCGAACAGGCCGAAAGAUACGACGAUAUGGCCGAGGCAAUGAAGGAAAUUACGAAAACGGGUCAUAGCUUGACUCCUGAGGAAAGAAACCUUUUGUCGGUUGCGUACAAGAACGUUGUCGGAGCCAGGCGAUCUUCGUGGCGAGUCGUGUCUAGUAUAGAAGGAAAGUCUGACACUAACGAGAGAAAAAAGGAAAUCGCGACGAAAUACAAAGUAAAAAUCGAGAAAGAGUUACAAGAUGUCUGUAAUGUCGUACUGGUAGGUACAUACAUUCGACGCAACAACAUGGCGCCCCACCCUCAAAACGACGAUUUUGCCGGCAAACGACCAGUAAAACAACACGUUUUAUGGACUUUUUAAAACCUUCCUGCUUAGCAAGUUAAAAACUCGCUCUCCAGGGCAAAAGUGGACGGUUUUAAUGGUCGUUUUCCGUCGAAUUUCGGUUCAGUUGUAAUACAAACAUAGUAGGGGCAGUUUCUGUUUUGAAAUUUCACCGCCUUUUGACAUUUGACGUUUGUGUUUCUCGUAGGAUUUAUUGGAUAAUCAUUUAGUAGAAGUGGCCAGGUCGAAAAGCGACAAUGAAGCGACAGUGUUUUACUUGAAAAUGAAGGGCGAUUACUACCGCUAUCUUGCCGAAGUUGAAUCUAAUGGCAACAGCGAAGAAGAUAAGGCCGCCAAAUCUGGUAGGGUACAUAAAUUACACCGUCAAUUUUGCUUAUUUUUAUCUGCUUUUUAUCAUCAAAUUUAAAGGUAUAUCUCUUUCAGGUCUUAAUGGAAAGUUGUGGGCCUUUGAAGACGAUAUAAACGCCACAUUUUGUCAUUAAAUUGUGCUUGAAAUUUGUUUAUAUGCUAGUUUCAAAAUAUCUAAAAGUUAUUUUAGACAUUCUUGUCGCGGUACUUGCAAACAAAGUUUCAAAAUUUUAAUGCACAACCGACACCGAAAUUAUACUAAGAAAUAUUUCAGUAUUUUAUGAGAAUCUGUACUAUCGACAAAGUUCCAAGAAAGAUGUUUCAUGUGUUUUCCAAUUCCCAUGAGACAAUUGUUUUGGUAUUUUGUAAUAUUGUAUGGUAUUGUUACUAUAAAAUACUGAAUAUGAGUGGCUUGUUAAAUAAUUAAUAACGACCUUUUUAUAACUCCUAAUCUUCAAAUUUGAUGCUGUGAUUUUGCUUUCAAGGAACAAACAUAAGCUAUAAAGGCAAAACUAUAUUGCACCCAUAAUUGUUUUGUCAAUAACAGGUAGUUUAAACAUUUAGUGUCAUAAUAUACAAUGCUUUAUGAAGCCUAUAAAUUUUGAUGAUUAGACAAAAAUCUGUUUUUAUUUUGGUAAACUACCGGCCAGUCAAGGUCAAACAGCUUCGGGCAUGCCCAAUGUGGUGGUUGGUAGUUAUUGGGUAUUGAAAAAUUCCCGAAAACCAAUACCUAGAAAAUGUACUGAUAACUUUUAUACAUUGGCAAACAGCAAUACCCUGCGAGGUGGUAGUAUUGCUGAAAUGCCACAUCACCACAGAUUUGGCAUAAGAUCGAUUCAAACCACCAAAGUUUUCAGUGUUUUUACAUCACAGAAUCGAAUAAGUUAACCAAGAAAUUCCUCCACAUGAAAAACAACUAAAAAAACAAGCACUUUUAUAUGGCCAUUUAGUUUUGUCCCCCAAAAUGCCAAGACAAUGCAUUUUCUUAUAAUGAUACCCUGUUAAUAUGUCCAUCCCGUUCGUACUGUCAAAUUUUUUCGCCCCAUCCUUGGCCUUAGUAAUGGUGUGGUUACCCAAGGUGGGAUCAAUCCUUGGUCGGACCUCUACUCAAGGUCUUGAAAUAAUUGAGGAGAAAGUGCUACCUUUACAAUGAUAUCAGUAAAUCGUUAGACUUUCGUGUCUUCUCAGAUAAGGCAGGGUUCAAAUUAGCAGGUCGCAAUUUGCGAGCCGAUUUCUUGCUUUUGCGAUUCGAAAAUUUUAUUUUAUUUUACCAAAUUUUAUUUGGUAGCUACAAGAGUCAAGAACGGCAUUUGUUUAUUAUUAAAACAGUGUUCUGUUAAGUUGUCUUUAUAAGGAGCUUGUGAAGUGAGUUUUCUGGAAGGGUAGGUUUGCGGGCAAAAGUUUUCCUCCAAAAAAAUUGCGAGUCGACUUUUUCUCCCAGAUUCGAACCCUGUAAGGAGGUUAAAAUUGUAGGUACUGUACCUCAGAUCCCCCCAUUAAUUGGGCAAUGGCCUUUUUGGUGAAAUCCGCUCACUAAUUAGUGAGAAACUCAGUAAACUCAAAGUCCCAGGUUCACUUAAAGUAUACAUAUACAAUUUGGUCUUAGUUGUGUGGGAGAACUAUUGUUCAUGAACUCGACUAUAUGAUAAAUAACUGAUUAUUGGUUUGUCCCAAUCUCUUCACAGAGGUGAUGGAGAAAUCGGAAAAAGCUUACAAGGAGGCAUAUGAAUUGGCACAAGAGGCAAUGCCGUCAACGCAUCCAAUCAGACUUGGUCUAGCUUUGAACUUCUCUGUUUUCUAUUAUGAGAUCAAGGAUGCAAAGGAAGAGGCUUGUGAUCUUGCAAAACAGGUAACUAAACACGUUAUGCAGGGCCAACUAAAAUAAAAAUGCCAAAGAGAUUUCAAAAUUUGAAAGGAAAUUUAAUACUUUAAGCUGUGCUUCCACUCCUGGAAAUCUAAGUCCCCACAAAACCUCGAGGAAACUAGCAGAUCCUUAUAAUUGACAAAAUAUAACAUAUUUUUGAAAAGCCUUGUAAUCCCCUUGACAAGUAAAAUCGUCUGGCGUUAGACAUUAGAGUAAUAAAGUAGAAGCGCUCGUCAGUGCGUGAGCUGAUAUAAUAAAAUAAUUUUCUUGUAGGCGUUUGAUAGUGCCAUUGCUGAACUUGACGAGUUAAAGGAAGAUUCUUACAAAGACAGUACACUUAUUAUGCAGCUGCUUAGGGAUAAUCUUACAGUAAGUAUGAAAUAAUCUCUAACAAAUAUCACCUCAACUACCACCCUUAUCCGGACAAAUUAGAUCGCGGUCAACAGUGAUGCUACUGUAAGAUCAGAGGGUAGGGUAAUCCGAUCAUGGUAAUCAGCAGUCAUGACUUUCCCACUGAUCAUAAAUAAUUUCUUGCUGAUCAUCGAUACCAGUUUCAAGCCUGCAGUGAGAAUGCUGUCAUCGAAGUGCUGGUAUCUGUAACAUAUACCAGGAAAAAUCUCGAAUCCUUGAAUGCUCGGUUUGCAGCACCCCUUUCAAACAUUAACUCUGUUUCUAUUUUUGUCUAGUUAUGGAAGAGUGACCUUCCUGGGGACGAGAAUGGUGAAGAACAAUAGAUAUGUUAAACAGACAUAAAAAGACAGUUGUACUUGAAGGAUUACUUUACUGUUAGUUUUAUUGCUGUUGUACGAAUAUCCAAAUACUAAGCCGGCUAUCACGGCUGUCCCCAUGAAACGUCUUAAUAAGCAUGCUGAAAUAAUUCCUAUGUUAUCAAAUUUUUAGUUCUAGUACCAGUAUUGCAAGAAGCAUGCUUUGCAAGAAUGCCUCGUUUGGACUAUUUGUACACCAUCAUUUUCACUGACACGACUUGUAAAUUGGAAACCUCCCUGCAUGAUGAUGAUUUUUUGUGAUACUGUAUUAAAAAUUCUCCAAUAUCAUCAUUUUGUGUAUGUCUGCUAUGUAAAAAUUCUCCAAUAUAAUCAUUUUGUGUACCUCUGCUAUGUAAUAUGAUUAGCAAGCUCACAGGGGGGGAAAUUAAUUUCCAUUACAGUCGUGCCAAUAAGUGUUCUGAAAAAUGUUGACCAAUUCAUUUCCUAACUUGAAGGAACACCUCUGAACAAUUCCUCAACAAUUUGAUAAGUUUCUUAAGAAGUUCCUAAGUUCCUGUUUCAAUGACCAAUCAGAUUGCUCAAAAAUAAAAUUUGAUUGGUCAAUGAAACAGGAAGUUAGGAACUUUUUAAGGAACUUAUCAAAUUGUUGAGGAAUUGUUCAGAGGUGUUCCUUCAAGUUAGGAAAUUGAAUUGGUGAACAUUUUUCGGAACGCUUCUAUUGGCGCGACUGUAAUAGGUUUUUGAAUGUUUUUUACAGAUUUACCAUGUAUGAUGUAAAAACUUUAUGAUGUAUAAUGUAUAGAUUUCCCAUAUGAUAAAUUGGUCUAAACCAUGUUUAAUAUUUACCAUUUCCUGGUAAAUGGUAAGAGACUGUUCAGUUUUUACAUUCAAAAACCCCCAUUAAUGGAAAUUAAUUUUUUCCUGUGAAAUUUGGCUAAUGGUUCAAUGUCAAUAUUUGGAUACAAAUACAACUUAAGGGUCGUGCAACUUGUGGAGUUGUGUUACUUGAAAGUUAAAGGCUGAUUUACACCACACCACUUGCCAAAAACUGUUGCAUGCAACCUACUUACAACUUGAGUUGUACUGUGUAAAUCAAGCC